AUGACUUUGAUGUAUAAAUUGUUUUGGAUUAAUCAAAUAAUAGUUUAUUCUAUUUUUUUCGGAUUUUUACCCAUUGUGUUUAAUUCUAAAAUUUACAAUCGAAAUUACGAGCAACGGUGCACUGUCACAAAUAAUGGUAAAGAAUUAAAUUGUCAAGGAAUUGGUCUUCAGAGUGUUGAGGAAGCUUUCGAAAGUCAUAUUUCGUCAUCGACGAUAAGUAAUAUCACUAAAAUAAAUUUCAAUCACAACAGUAUCACAUACAUCCCUGCCACGGUUUUGAAUUCAAUGACAAGCAUUGAAAUCAUUUUUUUAAGAAGAAAUCAAAUAAAAGGAAUACAUCAUGACGGAUUCAAAAAUCUUCCAAAUCUAAAAGUCUUGGAGUUGGAUGACAAUUGCCUCACAGAAAUUCCAAAGGUUAUUAAACAUCUGCAUAAUUUAGAAGACUUAUCUCUAUCUAAUAAUAAAAUUGAGCAGCUCGAUUCCAAUGCAUUUAGUGGUAAUCCCAAUAUUACCUCGAUAGACUUACGAGGGAAUCCUAUUAAAAAAAUUCAUCUUCGAACAUUUCAAAACCAUGUGAAGUUACGAAAGUUGAUUUUAUCAAACAACAAAGAAUUGAUGCAUUUUCCGAGUUUGAACGGCACACAAUCCUUGGAAAUAUUGAGAUUAGAUCGUGCAUCUCUUACGAGUCUUUCUGAUCAUUUUUGCGUUCAAUCACCGAAUUUAAAAAGUUUAAAUCUUGAAUCUAAUUUUCUAACAACAAUUCCACAUCUGAAAGAUUGCCGGAAUUUACGAGUUUUAAAUUUAGUCAAUAACAAAAUAACUGAAAUAACUGGGAACAAGUUUACAACAUUAAAUUUACUUCAUGAUUUACUGCUGUCGAGAAAUGAAAUUAAAACUAUACCGUCUAAUGCGUUUAACGGAUUAAAAAAUCUUCAAGUUUUAGACUUGCAGAGUAAUGAAAUCGAAUAUAUUGAUCCAGAUGCCUUCAGCAGUUGUCAAAAUCUAAAAGACUUAAAUCUGGGAAAUAAUGUGUUUCCUACACUGCCAAUUACUGGCCUCCAAAAUUUGAGGCAUUUAAAAACAUUUAACAAUCCUAAAUUAGAAGAAUUUCCAUCUACAGAAUCGUUUCCCAGUAUAAAAACUAUGGUAUUAUCAUAUGCUUAUCACUGCUGUGCUUUUUUAUCCAUGAACAAGAAUGAAUUAAUUGAAAGAAUUCCAAUCCGUGAAUCAAUUAUUUUCCCUACUGAUAAUUCGCUUGACGCCUCACUUUGGAAUUCUAGCUUACUUAACGUUUGGAUUCAAUUGCAGAAGCUAAGCAGGAAGAACAACAGUGGUAUCAAUAACUAUUUGAAUAAUUUGGCUGUAAAUUUUACGGAACACAAUGGAACUUUUUCGAGUGAUGAUAAUUUUUUAGACGCCCAAAAUGAAAUGCUUGCUACACCUACUGGAGAAACAUAUUCGGUGAAAUGUUUACCUCGACCAGGUCCAUUCUUACCAUGCAGAGACUUGUUCGAUUGGUGGACAUUGCGCUGCGGUGUGUGGAUAGUAUUUUUACUAGCAAUGCUAGGCAAUGGAACUGUCGUUUUUGUGAUAGUUUUUUCCAGAAGUAAAAUGGAUGUUCCAAGAUUUCUAGUGUGUAAUCUUGCUGCUGCAGAUUUCUUCAUGGGAAUAUAUUUAGGAGAGUUUCGAAAGUAUGCAAUACCAUGGCAAAUGUCUGUUGGUUGUCAACUUGCUGGAUUUUUAGGCGUAUUAAGCUCCGAAUUAAGUGUUUAUACAUUAUCAGUAAUUACACUAGAGCGUAACUAUGCAAUAACACACGCGAUUCAUCUAAACAAACGGCUGUCCUUGAAAAAUGCCGGUUAUAUAAUGAUUAUUGGAUGGAUAUUUUCAUUAUCAAUGGCUAUUCUUCCUCUUUUGGGUGUAUCUGAUUAUCGUAAAUUUGCCAUUUGUUUACCGUUUGAAAUAGAUGGAACAGCCUCAUUAUCCUACUUGGUAUUUUUGAUGCUAAUUAAUGGGGUAGCGUUUUUAAUUUUAAUGGGAUGCUAUUUAAGAAUGUAUUGUGCAAUUCGUGGAUCUCAGGCAUGGAAUUCAAAUGAUUCAAGAAUAGCCAAACGAAUGGCAUUAUUGGUAUUUACAGAUUUUUUGUGCUGGUCACCGAUUGCGUUCUUCUCGCUCACUGCCAUGUUUGGACUGAGAUUAGUGUCAUUAGAACAAGCGAAAGUUUUCGCUGUUUUUAUACUGCCAUUUAAUUCAUGCUGCAAUCCAUUUUUAUACGCAAUAAUGACAAAACAAUUUAAAAAAGAUUGCGUGCUAAUAUGCAAAGCCAUUGAAGAAUCCCGAGUCACUCGAGGAAUCGGUAGAUGCCGUCAUAGUUCUAACUUCAGCAACCGCCAAACUCCAUUCAACACCAAUAGUAUUGUAGAUCGAUCAUCUCGAGAGCAUCAGACUCUAUGUGUGUGCAAUUCACGGCACACGAUCGUUAAUAAUUCAAAACGCUGGUGUGGAUUAGAAAUAAUUUGGUCAUGUGGCAAAGGUAAACACCAGCGGCGAAGUAGAGUUGAUCAAUAUGCUUACCGUAUAGCCGAAAUACAGCAAAAGCAACAUAAAAGAGCAUGCUCGAUGUCUUCAAGUGAAAAUUUCUCGUCAUCACGAUCCGAUUCUUGGAGACAAGCUAAUCAUUGUAGCAUUCCAUUGAGAUUUAUAGACUCGAAAAAACACGGAUCGUUAUGGCUAAUAGCACGUAAAUCUUCCCAUGACUCUAAUUUAAGCUCAUCAAGAAACGAUUCAUCCAGCUCAGGUAUUACUGCCAGUACUAGCACCUGGAAAAUUUCAAGGUCGAGUACAUAUUCAGAUAUUGGAACUCCAAAACUUGCUCGACCUAAACCGAGGUUGAUACGGCAAUCGGCUGUUCAAGAGCCAGAUUCUCUUUUUAGUCCUUCUCGACUUGCAGUAAGACUUCUCGCGACUAUUCCAUCCGCUGCUGAUACAAAUGAACAAUUAGCAAUAAAUAAUGAUAAAAAGUUUGAAGAUAAUGAAGGUGAAGUUAAGAUUGAUGAAAAAUCUGUAUGUAUUAAAUGA